ACAAGUGGAUGGCUUUGGAUCGGAGAGAUUCGGAAUUCGAGAGAUCUCUCGUCUCCUCUCUCUUUCCAGUUAUUCAAAAACUUCGAUCCGUUGGUUCUCUCCUAUACCUUCCGAUAUUGGUUUUGGCGGGACAAGGAAGUCCUCAAUAUCUCCUGUAAAGCUACUUGCGACCCAUCGCGAUCGAUCUAGGGUUUCGUUUUGUUGGUCCAGAUCCGGAUUUUCUUACAAUGUGUCGGUUCUGAAAUAGCUUGUGUCUGGGGUUUCUGUCGGGUUGUUUGUGACUGUAAGAUGUCCCGGUGUUAUCCGUUCCCGCCACCUGGUUAUGCACGGAACGAAAUCCGCGAUGAAGCUCUGAUAGAAUCGAUCAAGAGAGAAGAGGAGAAGGCUAGGAAAGAAAGGAAGGAGAGAAAAAGGGAAAAAAAAGAAAAGAAGAGGAAAGAGAGGGAAAGUGGGGCAGAGGGGAGCAAAAAUCACAGUCAUAAGAGACGGCAUAAAGACAACGACACAAAAGAGAACAAGAAAGUUUCAGAUAAUUGCAGGAGAGUAGAUAAUGAGACUGAACUUUUGGAGAAGAGCUGCCUUACCGAUGAACGUGACAAUCAAACAGCAUCGCAAAACUCAUGCGAUAGCACUAUUAACUGCAACGAGAGGCCGAAGCAGAGCCUGCCUCUCGAUGACAAUCAUAACACCUCUGAAAGCAUCAUUCGGAUCCGGUUGCCUGUCAAAAGGCAGAAAGAUCCUGAAGUGCUAACCAGCAAGGAUGAACAGCCUUAUUCUCCCCGGGGAAGGAUUGUAGCAUCUCAACCUCCUCCUAGAGAAUUGGUUGAUCAACCAUGUUCGAUAUCCGCAAGUGUAGCCCCGCAACAUGUUCUAAGCCUAAGUGAAGAGAGCAGUAGGAGCCAUAUCACAACGAGAUUCAGUAAAGAGAAGAUGCCCUCUCGUAGUCACCGGGAACAACCAGAGGUGGAGCCGAGCAAAGAGAAACCAUGCUCUGUAAUGGAAGAAACGGCUCGAGCUUCAAGCCUUUGCACUAUUUGCCCCCCAAAAGUGGCUGUGCAGUUCCUAAAUCUCAUUGAAAAUUGGAGUCCUGAGCCCGCGGGCAGUGAUCUGUCUGACUCGGAAGAUCAAGAAUGGUGGGUAAUGAGAACAAAUAGUCGUAACAAUGGCGCCGGAAGGAUUCAAGUCAGCAGUCUCAAUACUAGCCAGGGAAGUAGUUUGAAGCAGUGGCCAGGUGCUCGCUUUCUGCCUGGAACCGAUAUACAUGCUUUACCCUACACCGUCCCGUUUUGAUUCGCGUCUACACACUUCCAAGGAGAAGAAAACGACUGCAUGGCAGUGAUGUGGAAGUGGCAGUGGCACUGACAUGAGCUCGUUUUUUUUU